AUGGCUGACGGCGGGAGCCUCCACAACGUGCCACUUGUGCUUGACAAUGGCAGUGGUACCAUUCGAGCCGGUUUUGCUGGUUCCGAUCUACCUGCCGCAUACUUCCCUUCUUAUGUCGGUCGCCCAAAACAUGUUCGAACGUUGGCCGGCGCACUUGAAGGCGACAUCUUUAUCGGGCCCAAGGUUCAAGAACUGCGAGGUCUUCUCAAAAUAAAGUAUCCUCUUGAGCAUGGAAUUGUUACGGACUGGGAUGACAUGGAGAAAAUAUGGACUUAUGUCUACGAACAAGAGCUAAAGACUUUGAGUGAGGAGCACCCUGUGCUGCUCACCGAGGCUCCUCUAAAUCCCAGACAAAACAGGGAAACCGCUGCUCAAAUUCUCUUCGAGCAGUUCAAUGUCCCCGCCAUAUACAUGUCCAUCCAGGCAGUCCUCAGUCUGUAUGCCAGUGGUCGCACAACAGGUCUCGUUCUUGAUAGUGGUGACGGAGUCACGCAUGCGGUGCCCGUCUAUGAUGGGUUCUCAAUCACCAAUGCCACUCGACGCAUCGACGUGGCAGGAAGGGAUAUCACAGAACAUCUUCAACUGUUGUUGAGGAAAAACGGACACGUUUUCCACACAAGUUCGGAAAAGGAGAUCGUGAGGACAAUCAAGGAAAAGACCUCUUACGUGGCAUUGGAUCCGAGGAAAGAAGAGAAGGAUUGGUCACAAGGACUCUGGAAAAACGACAAGAGGGAUGUCGACUAUGUUCUGCCAGACGGACAGAAAAUCAAAAUCGGCGCAGAGAGAUUCAGAGCACCGGAAAUCCUAUUCGACCCUGAAUUGAUCGGGUUAGAAUAUCCAGGCUUGCAUCAAAUGGUGGUUGAUGCCAUCAAUCGAACCGACAUGGACCUUCGAAAAAAUCUUUUUGGCAACGUUGUCUUGAGCGGUGGCACAACAUUGUGUAAAGGGUUCCCGGACCGGUUGCUGUAUGAGAUGCAACGACUGGCGGUCAAGGACAUGAGGAUUAAGAUCUUUGCUCCCCCUGAAAGAAAGUAUACUACCUGGAUUGGCGGAAGCAUUUUGGCGGGGUUGAGCACGUUCAGAAAGAUGUGGGUCAGUAUCGACGACUGGCAUGAGAAUCCAGACAUUAUUCACACCAAGUUCACCUGA